AUGGCUGCUUCCAAGACCAACAAAGUUCAGAGCUGGACCAACGACUUUCUGUCCGAUCUCCCGUGCUGGUUCAUGGCGCUCUACGGAACCAUCUUCUGGAUUGUUGUUGCAUACAGCAUUGGAAGCACCCCCAAGAACGCUGUUGCCUCUCCUCUGUUUUGCCCCCUUGCGGGUGGGCUUCAUGAUGGGGCGGACUCCCUCGCGGCGAUGCGCUUGGGCCACCAGGACGGCCGCGUUGGCUCGUGGGCCGUUUUUUCAUUCGACCGGAGAACGCAGCGCGCCGGCCACACCACGUUCCUGGUGGCUCCACUUGCGCUGCUGGUCAUGAUAACGAUAGCUGUUGCACGCGCGCUAUCGACCGACGCCGUGGCCUCGCUGGUCUGA